AAGCAAUCAAGGCAUCGAACGGGCUUAGGUUUCCUUCCCUCUCUUUGAUAUCAAUUUCCUUGUUGAGCCCAAAUCCAUUUCCACCGGCAGCCCAGUUCCCAAGUACUAGAGCUGUGUAGUAGUCAUUACGAGGAAGGUUGGUGGAUUUAACGGUAAAUUCAAAGGUCGCCGUCCCCAAUUUCCCUCGUGCUGCGCCGGUAUCCGCUUCCACAAAACACGCCGCGGCAUACUGAGGUCAGCUAAAAAACACCCCUUGCUGUUCUCCCUUUUAUAGUAAAACUAAAACCCUUUUCUAAACUUUUACUUCUCUCUACUGAUCGCUAAACCCUCGCUUCAUUUUCCCGCCAAUUUGCCGUCCCUCGCUCUGGAAGCUUCCGGGUUCGGCGAUGGUCACUUCGAGAGACGUUCAAGAAAUCGUUUCAAAGCUCUCCUCCGAUAAAGCAAAAACACGAGAAGAUGGAAUGAAACUGUUGAACACCUGGUUAGAAGGAGAAAGAUCGAUAAAAUUCUGCAAGUUCCUUGGAUAUAACACUGCAAAGCUUAAGCCGAGUGAAAUUCCUCACUCGGAAACGUGGCCAUUUUUGGUUACAUUGCUAAUCCAAUGUGUGUCAUCGGAGAUAUCUACCAGCAAGCGGAGAUUACCCAAGGCCAGUUUUGCGAAAACGCUACGGAUUGUUGUUCAACGAGCAGAAGAUGCUAAGUUUUCAGGCAAAAUAUUGCCCUUGUUACCUGUGGUUAAAACGCUCUUCAGUCAUAUAUGGGAUAUCUUAAGCAACGUUCCAAGCUUUCAGUCAGAAUAUGGGAUUAUACUCCGCCAACUAUUGGCAGUUAGAGACUAUCGAUUUCACUUGAGGAACCGCAUUUAUUGCUGCCUGGUGCGAAUGUAUAUACAGAAGGUGGAAACAGGUGUAGAAGGGAAAAAUGAUAACCAAGUUAAUCUAAAGGAGGAGACCUUUCGCUGCAUCUUGACACUGCAUUCCCUAUUGGAAAAUCCUCCUGGAGAUUUCCCACAUGAACUCAGGGAAGACAUUGUUAAGGGGUUUGUUCAAAUUUUCUCCUUUAUAAGGGAGGAGGGAAAGCUUUCACGUAAACUUAUUGAGUGCAUUAAUACAUACUUGUUAAAAGAUGGUUCAAAUUUGGUCUGUCAGUCUUUGAAGAUCCAUAAUUCUGUGCAGCAAUUUGUGUUCCAUCAUUGGCUUUCAACUCAUGACCGGGGUCUUAAGGAUGCUAUUAUAUUCUAUGCAAGGUUGCAGCUAAAUCUAACAAGAUGUGCUGUGGAUGGGAACUCUUUAGUAGACCAAUUUUUGGAGGUAGUAUGUAAGGAACUAGAUCAAAGCAGUAUAUCCAGUAUGGCUGUGCCUUGGACAGAUGCAACCAAGGAUGAUAAGUUGGGAACUUUGAGCGGCUCGCAAUCUGGUUUGGUGCAGCUUGCAGCGCUAGUAUUUUAUCAGGCAUGUGUUAGCCCAGCUAAGGCACAAUCAACUGAAAAGCGGGUUAAGAGGGAGCAUGCUGCUGUCCUUUUAAAAGAGGCACUUAUGAAGGGAAAGUGGUUAUGGAAUGCUGCAUUUUGUUAUCUCAUUCAUUACUACUACAGUCGCAUGAAUAAGGAUCUUUUCUUAUACUGGUUUGAAGGCAUUUCAACAAGCUUUGAGAGGAUUUGGUGUGAUGCAAAUACAGGGCAUGCUUAUGAUGGUUUACUAUGGACUUUGCGGAGUUUGCAGGAGCUGUCAACUGUUUUGCUUUCAGAAACUCAAGUGGAGAUAUCAUCAAGGUCAUCUUCCAUCUUGAAUCAGUUGGACUCUGGUUGGCAGUUAAUAUGGAGCUGUAUAAUGCAUUGGCUGCCAUUAUUCAGUAAUCUAACUGCCAUUGCAGAUGCUGCUUUAAUGCUACUUGGAAGCAUUAUAUCAAUUGAUCUGAAGAACACAUUUGUUGUGCCUCAAGAUGUAUGGGACCUCAAAUUAUUUAAGGAAACACCAUCAAAGUCUGUUUUAUACUUCAUCACGUGCUAUUUUUCUCAUAAGGGUUCUCAAGGAGACCUUCGAGACUGUUUACAACUCAGGAAGAAUCUCUUAACAGCAGUUUUGGGCUAUCUAAACUUGAAGGAGUCUCUCAUAUUGAAUGAGCAUUUGGUGCUAUUGUUACCGGCAGCUGUUUAUGCUCUUUGUGCUGGUUGUGCUCCUUCCACACAUUGUUAUAAAGUGCUUCUCUCAUCACAUGCUUUUAUAUAUAAUCUUGUGGCUGCAGAUGAUUGCGCUAAGACAGAUGAAAAUGAGCAUGAAAGGCUUUAUGAAUUCUUUGAAUGCUCUCUGGAUAUUCUUGCUAAAGUUGGUUUGGAUUCUCAAGUUGAGAUUGUUCCAUUCCGAUGCAAUCAAAGUCUACGGCUCCCUAGCCAAUUAAGAGACCCACUGUUGCAUGAAGUGGAAACUCAUAUUCUUGGUGCUUUAGCGGACAAGCAGGCAGAGAAGAGGACUGUCUCUGAUAUCAACUUCAUCUGUGCUUUAUUAUCUAAUUUUAUACAUGGCUCUUUGGUAACAAGGAAAAGAGAUGAGAUGUUGACAUUUGUAUCCAAAAUGGGCCAGUACUUGUUGGAAUUGUUAGAUCAUGCUGUUAAUGUAAUUAAAGAAACUGGCUGUGACUUUCAAUCUCUUGGCUGCAUGGGCUCUGGCUUAGACUGCAUUGCAAGAAGCUGUCUUUUAGCUUCAUUUAGAAGCCUAGUUUCCUGUCCAAUUUUUUCGAGAAGGGGAGAUGAAAAUGUUAUGGACACUGUACUUUAUGGUGCCAUAGUUCAGUCCAUGGAGAGGCUCUUGACGGAACUUGCUAAACUUUAUGAACAAUUUUCCGAGCGCAUAAGAAAUCCUUAUUCCGAAACGAUGCUGUCUGAUUCAUCUGAUACUUCCUUACAAAUAUCCAGCCUGCUGGAUAGCAGUAGGAGUAGGAUUGUGGACAUGGAGUUAGAUGUGAAUGAGGAUUCGAAAGAUGUGGAUAUUUUAAAUUUUGGUGGAAAAAUUACUAUUGAUACAUCCUUUUCUAUGGUGAAGUGGAAGUUGGGAAUGGUGUCGCUCAUUUCAAGUUUUUUCUCAGUUUUAGAUUUUGUUACAUGGGAUGUCCUUUUUGAACUCCUGGGAAAAGAAGGUGAAACGAAGGUGUGCGAAAAUGUUCUUUAUCUUCUGUGUCAACAUCCACACUGGUCCUCUGCUGCAAAGAUUAUGGACUUGGUCAAAUCAAUGUUUGACAUGGUUGAGACAAGGGUGAUAGUUAAACUAGAUUGUGCUAGUAUACUAGUUUCCACCUGUCAAUUGUUGUGCACCUUAUUAUCCCUUGGUGCUGUUGGAAAGAAUGGAGAUGUAAGUUUGACUGGAAAAAAGACUGAUAUGAGUUUGAUACAUCUCGGAGAUCUGGUUUCCAGAGUUGCAGAAUUUGGUCUUCUGGAUUGGAUGGGACGUGUUAAGCUAAUUGAUUGCAUUUGUGAUUUUGUUCUACUCAGUCCUCAAAUUGGACAGACAAUGGUACAAAGAUUGUUCUUAUUGCUUCAAGAUCCUGAUUAUCGAGUGAGGUUUUCCCUGGCUCAGCGGAUUGGUGUUCUAUUUGAAACAUGGGAUGGCCAUGACGAACUUUUCCAAGAUAUAUGUUCAAAUUUUGGUGUCGUAAUGGUGUUUCACUCAAAAGGAAGACUUGUUACUGCAAAAGAGGUCCUUGCUGCUGGUCCUCAGCCACGUCCAACAAUGGAAACUAUCAUCUUUACUCUUAUGCACGUUGCUUUGCAUAGUGAGAAAAUAGAGUUGGAGGCCAUUUUUAUGAUGUGUGUGGUUGCUGCUAUUGACCCUUGUCACAGGGACUUGGUCAUUGCAGUUGUUGAUAAUCUAUCAAGGCAGCUCCAGUAUGCAACUAGGUUCAAGUACUUGGAGGAACUCAUUGGGACUAUUCUGUUUUUCUGGGUCGCUUGUGGUGUAAGCUUAGUUGCCCUUGUCGAGAUAAGGCAACUUUUUGUACCAGAUGCUGAACCUAGUUAUUUCAUGCAAUAUUGUUGCCGUUGGCUUCUCCCAGCUUUAAUUUUGCAUGAGGACAUCUCCAAUCUGAAUUUGGUGGCUAGGAUUGCUUGUCAACCUUCAACAGUUCUAGUUAAAAAUCACUUUGUGCAAAUAUUUUCAGUUUGUAUGGCAUUGCACUGCAGCAAGAGACUUGAUUCGGAUAAGGGAGCUUUGGUGCUGCAAAGUUCAAUCCUGCAUUUGUCUGAGAUAUCUGAGAAUGAAAGAGACAAGCUCAUAAAGAGACACAUGGUAUCAAUUGUGAGCCACAUCCUGUCUCUUACUUCUUGUGCAUCUGAUCCUGCAGUCCCCUUCUUUUCUAGAGAAACGGUAGCACGUGCGGUCCAGACAGUUGUGGAUGGAUUUUUGGAAACGGAGGAUUAUCCUACAAGUGUGGCUGUUCUUGAUAAGAUCAAGAUUUUUCGGCCAGAUAGAGUUUUCAUGUUUAUAGUAGAGAUGCAUUAUAAAAUAGCUGGAGCAGUUCAUCACAGGCAUAGAUGUCAUAAGUUGGCUGGAAUUGAGGUGCUUAUAGAUAUCCUUGGGCACAGAGCUGCUGUUUCAAGCACUUCCAACUAUCUUCUCAGUUUGAUCGGGCUACUUAUUGAUUGUAAAGAUUUACAAGAUCAAUGUUUUCGUGUAAUUUCUGCAUUGCUCAAAACAUUUAAAAGCAACCCCUCCAAAGAGGUUGUUAGAGUGCUAGGUGAACAGUUUCAGUUUUUGGUUUCAAAGUUGGUGGAAAUUGCCUCUGAUACUGUUGGAGAGCUUUCUGGCACCACAUCAUCUCAAGUCAUGUCUUUGCUCCUCCAGCUAAUUGUGGAAUGUGAUCCAUCUCUUCAUGAUUAUAUCAAACAGGAGUUGGAACCCUUCCCUGAGACAGAUAUUUUUGAUAAGGUGCGAGCGUUCCAUCAGGAGUUAUGCCAAGCCUAUUCUCCAAGGGACCACUUAUUGAAGUUUGUGAAGAGAUCAUGUUACCUUCCGCCAAGAUUACUUUUAUGCAGUGUCCAGGCAAUGCACAAGAAGUUGCUCAUGAGGGAAUAUUUUGAGCUGGAAAGGAAUAAAAGGGACACUGUGGUGGAUAUAAAUUGGCAUUCUGACUCAGAAAUUGUUAGUGCAGUCUGGACACUUGUUCGCAUGUGCAGUUCGGAUGAUUCAAAUUGUAUUAGAACCUUGAUGUCUGAUUUCAUUUCUAGGGUUGGGAUUGGGGACCCACAUUGUGUUGUUUUUCAUCUACCUGGAGAGUCUGGUGACAUUAAUGUUUGCAAACUCACAGCUGAUGACAGCCCUACUGAUAUCAGUUUUAGCGUGGAUACUGCAAUAACUGAAAAACUUCUUAUUAUGCUUUUGAAUCUUCUGAAGAAGUAUCUGAUGGAUGAUUCUGUGAGAAUAGUUGAUUUGGCAUCACAAGCUCUUCGUGGAAUACUUUCAACUGAAAGGGGUCAAAGAGCUAUAUUGUCUUUUGAUUCUUAUGAAAGAUCUCUUAUUGAGAUUCAUUCCAAGGGUGUCAAUGCUGAGCUGGUGGAGAAUUUUCUUCUGGAUCUGGAAAAAAGGUUUAGAGCUGAAGCAAUUCCACUAGAGGAGCCUACUCUGUGGGAAACACAAAAUAAAACCUUUGAGACGUGGAUUUGCCCUCUUGUACACUCCCUUAUUGGCUACAACAAUGAUGUCAUUCUGAGGUUAUGUCAAGAUAUUGUGUUGUUGAAAGCUGAAGUUGCUGAGUUUUUGCUGCCAAGUGUCAUUGAAGAUCUAGCAGGAAGGAAGAAUAUGGAUGUGGAUCUUCACAAACUAAUCUCUUUGCAGGUUCAGGAGCAUAUAUUAACAGACUCUAAUAAGUUGAUAAAAUCAAUCCAAGUCUUCUUGAAUGCACUUAACAAACUUCGGCUAUGCUAUGUCUUUGAAAGAUCUUCUAUACCAUCAAAGCGAGAAAGUCUCAAGUAUGCUAAACCUUCUAGUUAUGGCUCAAAAUCACGUUCCACCUCUGGAAAGGCUAGAGAUUAUAUGGCUACAUCGAGUGCAAUGUCAAUGUUAACAUCUUCGUGGGACAAGGUUUAUUGGCUUUCCAUUGAUUACCUUCUUGUUGCUAAGUCAGCAGUUAUUUGUGGGUCAUACUUUACUGCUAUGAUGUAUGUGGAGUACUGGUGUGAAGAACAUUUCAGUAGCCUCACACUAGGGCGUCCAGAUCUCGCUCAUAUUGAGGUGCAGUUGCCAGAUCACAUUGAAGUACUUGUCUCAGCAGUUACUCAAAUCAAUGAACCUGACAGCUUAUAUGGGAUCAUUCGGUCGCACAAGCAGUUGACAUCUCAAGUCGUUACCUUUGAGCAUGAGGGGAACUGGAGCAAGGCCCUUGAAUACUAUGACUUGCAAGUACGUGCAAAUGCCAUGCUGGAAACUAAUGGUGGAUCAAGAACCUUUUUUGUGGAUCAUACCCAACCCGCAGCCCACAUAUUUGUCCCUGAAUCAAAAGAUGAGAUGAAGCUAAGGAAACCUUACAAAGGUCUGAUUAAAUCUCUGCAAAAAAUUGGCUGUACCCAUGUACUAGAGUCGUAUUGCCAGGGAUUGACUUCUCGGAAGGGCCAGCUUCAGCAAGAUUUAGAAUUCACAGAAUUGCAGUACGAGGCUGCUUGGCGUGCAGGCAAUUGGGAUUUCUCUUUGCUUGUCCAUGGAGGCAGUUCUUCUUCAGGUCAAAAUGUUAAAAGUGAUCGUUUCAAUGAAAACUUGUACAGUUGUUUGAGGGCAUUGAAAGAGGGAGAUUUUGAUGAAAUUAACAGAAAACUGAAAGAUUCAAAGCAGGAGCUUGUGUGGUCUGUCUCUUGUUCAAGUGAAGAGAGCACUGAAUACAUCUAUUCAACAAUUAUUAAACUUCAGAUUCUUUAUCAUCUUGGGAUGGCAUGGAAUAUACGAUGGACAGCCUCUACACAUGAAAUGACAGCUAAGAAGCAAAAAAACCUUCCAGAACCUGUAUUUCCCACCAUGGAGCAGUUAUCGUGGUUGAAUAAGGAUUGGAACGACAUUUUGGAACGAACUCAACUGCAUAUGAAUUUGCUAGAACCAUUCAUAGCAUUCAGGCGAGUUUUACUACAAAUCCUGAGCUGUAAUGAGUGUUCCAUGAAACAUCUUUUGCAAUCUGCAUCUGUUCUUCGUAAGGGUUCUAGGUUUUCUCAAGCUGCUGCAGCUUUGCAUGAGUUUAAGUUUCUUUCUGUUGGUACUGGGGAACAGCAUUUGUCUUUGUAUUGGCUUGGAAAGCUUGAAGAAGCAAAGUUAUUACGUGCCGAAGGUCAGAAUGAGAUGGCUAUUAGCCUUGCAAAAUAUAUAUCACAAAAUUGUCACUCAAAUGAAGGAGCUUCAGAUGUGUAUCGCUUAGUUGGGAAGUGGCUGGCAGAAACUAGAUCCAGCAACUCAAGGACUAUCUUAGAGAAGUAUCUAAAACCUGCAGUUUCCUUGGCUGAGGAUCAGAAAACUGCUCACAAAAAGUCCAUAGAAAGACAAAGCCAAACUCAUUUUAAUCUUGCGCACUAUGCAGAUGCUCUAUUUAGAUCCUAUGAGGAAAGACUAACUUCUAGUGAAUGGCAAGCAGCAAUGCGUUUAAGGAAACACAAGACACUGGAGUUGGAGGCCCUUGUAAGGAGGCUAAAGAGUUCAUCAAAGGGAGACAAGACUGACUAUUCAGUGAAAAUACAAGAGUUACAAAAACAACUUACAAUGGACAAGGAAGAGGCUGAAAAACUUCAGAUUGACAGGGACAAUUUUCUCAGCCUAGCAUUGGAGGGAUACAAGCACUGCCUGAUCUUAGGUGACAAAUAUGAUGUACGAGUGGUGUUUCGACUUGUUUCCCUGUGGUUCAGUCUCUCUUCUACACAAAAUAUCAUCAAUAAUAUGCUUAACACUAUUAAUGAGGUCCAGUCAUAUAAAUUUGUCCCAUUAGUUUAUCAAAUUGCUUCAAGAAUGGGGAGCUCAAAGGAUGGGGUGGGACCUCACAAUUUUCAGUUUGCUUUGAUUUCUCUUGUGAAGAAAAUGGCUGUGGAUCAUCCAUACCAUACAAUUUUUCAGCUUCUAGCUCUGGCGAAUGGUGAUCGCAUCAAGGACAAACAGCGAAGUAGAAACUCAUUUGUGGUGGAUACAGAUAAAAUAAUUUCAGCAAGAGCUCUUCUAGAUGAGUUAUCAUCAUAUCAUGGCCCUGUUAUUGGACAAAUGAGACGAAUGGUUGAGAUCUAUAUCAAGCUUGCGGAGCUUGAAACAAGGAGAGAGGAUACCAACAAAAGGGUGGCACUACCAAGAGAAAUCCGCAGUGUUCGACAGCUAGAACUUGUACCUGUAGUAACAUCUAGUUUUCCAGUUGAUCGCAGUUGUACCUAUCAUGAUGGUUCCUUCCCAUACUUCAAAGGCUUAGCGGAUUCCAUUAUGAUAAUGAAUGGAAUUAAUGCCCCAAAAGUGGUUGAAUGCCUUGGUUCUGAUGGUAAAAGAUAUCGACAGCUAGCAAAAUCUGGAAAUGAUGACCUUCGACAAGAUGCCGUUAUGGAACAAUUUUUUGGUCUGGUUAACACCUUUUUAAAGAACAAUAGAGAUACUUGGAAGAGAAGAUUAGGUGUACGUACGUACAAGGUAAUUCCUUUUACUCCAAGUGCCGGUGUUCUUGAGUGGGUUAAUGGCACUCUUCCUCUUGGGGAAUAUCUCAUAGGAAGCACGAGAAAUGGCGGUGCCCAUGGCCGUUAUGGAAUUGGAGACUGGUCAUUUCCUAAAUGCAGAGAGCACAUGUCAAAUGAAAAAGACAAGCGUAAAGCAUUCCAAGAGAUCUGCGAGAACUUCAGACCUGUCAUGCAUCACUUUUUUCUGGAAAGAUUUUUGCAACCAGCUGACUGGUUUGAGAAGAGACUUGCAUACACACGUAGCGUCGCUGCAAGUUCAAUGGUUGGAUAUAUUGUUGGCCUUGGAGACAGACAUGCCAUGAAUAUCUUGAUUGAUCAAACAACUGCAGAAGUUGUUCACAUAGAUCUUGGUGUUGCUUUUGAACAAGGCUUGAUGCUUAAGACCCCAGAGCGGGUUCCAUUCAGACUAACAAGAGACAUAAUCGAUGGCAUGGGUGUUGCUGGAGUAGAGGGGGUAUUCAGAAGAUGUUGUGAAGAAACUCUUGCUGUUAUGCGAACAAAUAAAGAAGCUCUGCUGACCAUUGUUGAAGUGUUUAUUCAUGACCCCUUGUACAAGUGGGCUUUAUCACCUCUGAAAGCCUUGCAGCGCCAAAAGGAUCUGGAUGAUGAUCUGGAGACAUGUUUGGAAGAUUCACAAGAUCAAUAUGAAGGGAAUAAAGAUGCUGCACGUGCAUUGAUGCGUGUCAAGCAAAAACUAGAUGGAUAUGAAGAAGGUGAAUUGAGAAGUAUAAAUGGACAGGUUCAACAGCUGAUACAAGAUGCUAUUGAUCCGGAGCGCCUGUGUCAAAUGUUUCCCGGAUGGGGAGCUUGGAUGUAAAUGUGAGAGGUCUUUCAAUUGUUUAUACAAUCUGAGACUGUGUUGUGUGCAAUUACUUGCUGUAUAGUAACAUUCUCUAGAGGUCACCAAGCAUAUAGAAAAAGGGAAGUUCUCACGAUUAACGGGGGUUCAACCUAACCAAUAACAGGUCUUAUACAUGAAUUUUUAAAAAAAAUUAUCAUAAAGUCACUCGUACAGAAGUCCAAAUGGUUCAUUGAAAAAUAAUGAAGGGCUUUAAAAUAUCUGUUAAAUGGAUGGAAAUUAUUUUAAUGAGCUUUAUUAUUUUUAGUCUUGUUUAUUUC